AAGUCUCUUUUCCUGUGUCCGGUGGCACCCAAAGCCGUGGCUUGCAUGUCUCUUCCAGGCCAGCAUCUCAUCACUGCCAUCGCAGAACAGAUGUUUGGGUUCAAGACAACUUCAUGGGAGCUGGGCCGCCAGCGGAGCCUCAUUGAGCUGGACACCCCCUCCGUGACAGCAGAGCAGGUGGGGGCCCUGGAGAGGAGCGUGAAUGAGAAAAUCCGGGAGCGGGUGCCGGUGGUGGUGAGGGAGCUGCCUGCAGAUGACCCUGAAAUCGAAACAGUGAGGAGCCGUGGUUUGCCCGACGACCACGCGGGGCCCGUGCGGGUCGUUGACAUCGAAGGCGUAGACUCCAACCUGUGCUGCGGGACUCACGUCUCCAACCUGAGCGACUUGCAGGUUAUUAAACUCCUUGGCACAGAAAAAGGGAAAAAGAACAAAACCAACUUGGUUUUCCUGGCAGGAAACAGAGUGCUGAAGUCAAUCGAACAAAGUCACAGUACUGAGAAGGCUCUAACCUCACUGCUCAAAAAUGGGCCAGGUGAGCACGUAGAGGCUGUGAAGAGGCUGCAGAGUUCUGUGAAGCUGCUUCAGAAGAAUAACUUGAACCUGCUUAGGGACAUUGCUGUUUUGAUAGCGCGGGACUUCAAGAGCAAACCUGCUCAAAGUCAGCUCUUUGUGUUACACAGGAAGGAGGGUGACUCUGAAUUUAUGAAUAUCAUUGCUAAUGAGAUCGGGACAGAGGAGGCCCUGCUCUUCCUGACGGUGGGGGACGAGCGAGAAGCGGGACUCUUCCUCCUGGCCGGGCCUGUGGACGCAGUUGAGCAUUUAGGUCCCAGGUAAUGUGGCAAAGCUGCUGGGGGGCAAAGGAGCC